UUCCAUGGAGGAAGGGAAUAAAUACAAGAUGGCUGCUCAUAUAAAACCAGGCGCAGGGCUUCUCCCUGGCGAUGGAGGAAUAAGGGUUUUAAUCCGCGGCGGCGGUGUUUGGCCCUUGGGCGGCUUGGGAGGGCGCCCGAAGAGGGCAGCGGGGGUCCGGGCCGUCGCUCCAGGCCGUCCUCCCGCUCCAGGGCCCGGGCCCAGCCCCAGCCCCAGCCGCGCUCUUCCCUGUGGCUGCGGCUGCCCAGGCCUAGGCCCUUCCUCCUCCUCCUCCUCGCCAUGGCCGUCUCCAGGCUUGAUCGUCUCUUUAUUUUACUGGAUACUGGGACAACACCAGUAACAAGAAAAGCAGCUGCACAACAACUUGGAGAAGUUGUAAAACUGCAUCCACAUGAGCUAAAUAAUCUGUUGGCCAAAGUAUUGAUACACUUAAGGAGUGCAAACUGGGACACCCGAAUCGCUGCUGGACAGGCUGUGGAAGCAGUAGUGAAAAAUGUACCGGAAUGGAAUCCAACUCCACAACCAAAACAAGAACGUAGUUGUGAAAGUCCCAUGGAAGAGUCUUCUACCUCUGACCGAUUGCGUUUUGAUCGAUUUGAUAUCUGCCGACUUCUAAAACAUGGAGCUUCUCUACUUGGAUCUGCUGGUGCAGAAUUUGAGAUUCAAGAUGACACAUCUGGUGAAAUUGAUCCCAAAGAGAGGAUUGCGAGACAAAGAAAACUACUUCAAAAGAAACUUGGUCUUGAUAUGGGAGCUGCAAUUGGAAUGAAUACAGAAGACCUGUUCAACGAUGAGGAUUUGGACUACAUUCCUGCUUCGUCGUUUUUGGUACACAAACAACCUACUCUUCAGGCUGCUGAGUUGAUUGAUUCAGAAUUUCGAGCUGGUAUGAGUAGCAGACAAAAAAAUAAGGCUAAGAGAAUGGCUAAGUUGUUUGCAAAGCAGAGAUCAAGAGAUGCAGUAGAAGCAAAUGAAAAGAGCAAUGAUAGCACUGAUGGUGAACCAGAAGAAAAGAGGAGAAAAAUUGGAAAUGUUAUACUCAGUCAACAAGCAACUGACUCCAAAGUUUUGGUAGAGAAUAUUCCAGAAGAGACUAAUGAGUGGCCUCUGGAAAGUUUUUGUGAAGAAGUCUGCAAUGAUCUCUUUAAUCCAUCAUGGGAGAUUCGGCAUGGUGCAGGUAUUGGACUGAGAGAAGUACUUAAAGCACAUGGGAAAAGUGGAGGUAAAAUAGGAGACAGCACUGUAGAAGAGAUGUUUCAACAGCACCAGGACUGGCUGGAAGACUUGGCUAUCAGACUUCUUUGUGUAUUUGCACUAGAUCGAUUUGGUGAUUUUGUUUCAGAUGAGGUUGUGGCACCAGUGCGAGAGACUUGUGCUCAGACAUUGGGAGUAGUUCUCAAAUACAUGAAUGAGGAUGGAGUUCAUAAAACUGUGGCUAUCUUGCUAAAAUUACUUGCACAAGAGCAGUGGGAAGUGAGGCAUGGUGGUCUGCUAGGGAUAAAGUAUGCUUUGGCAAUUCGUCAGGACUUAAUUAGUACUUUACUGCCUAAAGUCUUGCCUGCAAUAACAGAAGGUCUUCAAGAUCUAGAUGAUGAUGUCAGAGCAGUUGCUGCAGCAUCUUUAGUACCAGUAGUGGAAAGCCUUGUCCACCUUCAGCCAGAGAAAGUGCCCUUUAUUCUUAAUAUACUGUGGGAUGCACUUCUAGAUCUUGAUGACCUCACAGCUUCCACAAACAGCAUAAUGACCCUUCUCUCAUCCCUUUUGAUGUACUCUCAGGUCCAAAAAUGCAGUAUUCAGCAGUCACUUACAGAUCUAGUACCACGUGUAUGGCCGUUCCUACAUCAUACAAUAUCUUCUGUUCGAAAAGCAGCAUUAGAAACUCUGUUUACCCUCUUGUCUACUCAAGAUCAGGAUUCUGCAGCCUGGCUUACUCCCAUUUUGCAAGAUAUGUUAAGACAUAUCUUUCAGUUCUGUAUUUUAGAAAGCAAUCAAGAAAUUCUGGAACUAAUACAUAAGGUGUGGCUUGAACUGUUGAGCAAGGCUACCUUACAAUACGUGGUAGCAGCUGCAUGUCCGUGGAUGGGAGCUUGGCUCUGCUUAAUGAUGCAGCCUUCUCAUUUGCCUAUUGAUUUGAAUAUGUUGCUAGAAGUGAAAGCUAGACUGAAGGAAAAAACAGGUGGCAAGGUGCGGCAAGGGCAAACCCAGACUAAAGAAGUGGUACAAGAAUACAUUGCUGGUGCAGAAAGCAUUGCUGAAGAUCCAGCAACCAGGGAUUAUGUUGUUAUGAGAGCCAGAAUGAUGGCAGCAAAAUUGCUUGGAGCACUGUGCUGUUGUAUUUGUGAUCAGAGUGUGAAUAACAUCUCUCAAGAAAUAAGGCCAGCUGAAUCACUAGCUCAGCUAUUACUGUUCCACUUGAAUUCCAAGUCAGCUCUGCAGAGGUUUAGUGUCGCAUUAGUAAUCUGUGAGUGGGCUGCCUUGCAGAAGGAAAAUAAAGUGGUGGCUCUUGCUGUCAAGUCACGCUUACUUGGUGUCCUUUCUGAACAUCUUUAUUAUGAUGAAAUUGCUGUCCCCUUCACCCGAAUGCAGAAUGAAUGUAAACAACUCAUCUCCUCAUUUACUGAGGCAAAUAUUGACAUUUCCAGCAGAGUAAACUGCAGUGUGUUUACAAUAGAUCAAGCAAAUGAACUGGUGACUACUAUCUAUAGUGAAGUCACAUCCUCUCUUAAUCUGAAUCCUAAAGUUCUACAGCAGCUAGAAAGCAAGCGACAACAAGUCCAAAUGACUGUUACUGAAACAAAUCAGGAAUGGCAAACGUUACACUUGAGAGUACAUACUUUUACUGCUUGUGCUGUUGUCAAUCUGGAACAGCUUCCAGAAAAAUUAAAUCCAGUCAUAAAACCACUGAUGGAGGCAGUAAAGAAAGAAGAAAAUACACUAGUACAAAAUUAUGCUGCUUUGUGCAUAGCAAAGUUGCUUCAGCAGUGUACAACACGGUCUCCUUGUCCCAAUUCAAAGAUCAUAAAAAAUCUUUGUAAUUCACUCUGUGUGGAUCCCCAUCUUACUCCCUUAGCAUCAUGUCCUGCACAACCCCUGACCAGCAAUGAAAAUGUAAAAGGAUCGAAUUCUGAAAGAGAUGGCAUGCAUCAUACAGUCACCAAGCAUAGGGGUAUAAUCACACUGUAUAGGCAUCAGAAAGCUGCAUUUGCCAUCACAAGCCGACGAGGUCCUACACCCAAAGCCCCAAAAGCUCAAAUAGGUGAUUAUCCAGCAAGCAGUAGUGGAAACGUGACCACAGAACUUGAUGAAGCUCAGAAGCCCUAUGUUGUGCAAAGAAGAGGUGCAGAAUUUUCUUUAUCCACUAUUGCUAAACAUUUUGCCUCUGAAAUGGCAGUGGGUUUGCCACAUCUCUGGGAUGCUAUGGUUGGUUCUUUAAGGAACAAUAUUGACAUAAACAACUUUGAUCGAAAGGUGCUAUUGGAAAAAGGAGAUGGUCCGGCCCAGGAGUUAGUAAAUUCUCUACAGGUUUUUGAAACAACUGCAGCAUCUAUGGAUGUCCAGCUUCACCCUUUGUUGAUACAGCACUUGCCUUAUCUUUGUAUGUGCCUUCAACACCCCAGUACAGCAGUGAGACACAUGGCAGCUCGUUGUGUAGGUGUAAUGAGCAAAAUAGCUACCAUAGAAACCAUUCAGAUUUUCUUGGAAAAGGUUCUUCCUUGGCUGGGAGCGAUAGAUGACAGUACCAAGCAAGAAGGUGCAAUUGAAGCUCUUGCCUGUGUAAUGGAGCAACUAGAUGUUGGAAUUAUUCCAUACAUAGUUCUUCUUGUAGUCCCAGUUCUGGGCAGAAUGAGUGAUCAGACAGACAGCGUACGUUUCAUGGCCACUCAGUGUUUUGCAACAUUAAUUAGAUUAAUGCCACUUGAGGCUGGCAUUCCAGACCCACCAAAUAUGUCUGAAGAUUUAGUCAAAAUUAAAGCCAAGGAGCGCCAUUUUCUAGAACAGCUAUUAGAUGGGAAGAAACUAGAAAACUAUAAAAUUCCAGUACCAAUUAAAGCAGAACUCAGAAAAUAUCAGCAGGAAGGUGUGAAUUGGUUGGCUUUUCUCAACAAAUACAAGCUUCAUGGUAUCCUGUGUGAUGAUAUGGGUUUAGGAAAAACACUGCAGUCCAUUUGCAUUCUUGCAGGAGAUCACUGCCACAGGACCCAAGAAUAUGCAAGAACUAAGAUGGCUGAUAGUGUUCCUCUCCCAUCCUUGGUGGUGUGUCCUCCUACGCUCACAGGUCAUUGGGUAGAUGAAGUGGGUAAAUUUUGUUCCAAAGAAUACUUGAACCCUCUGCACUAUACUGGUCCUCCCACAGAAAGGGCAAGGUUGCAGCAGCAUGUGAAAAGACACAAUUUAAUUGUAGCUUCCUAUGAUGUUGUGAGAAAUGACAUUGAUUUCUUCAGAAAUAUUAAGUUUAACUACUGUAUUCUUGAUGAAGGCCAUGUCAUCAAAAAUGGAAAAACAAAACUCUCAAAAGCAAUAAAGCAAUUGACUGCCAAUUAUAGGAUAAUACUCUCUGGGACACCAAUUCAGAACAACGUCUUAGAACUGUGGUCACUGUUUGACUUCCUUAUGCCGGGAUUUUUGGGUACUGAGCGCCAGUUUGCAGCUCGCUAUGGCAAGCCUAUAUUAGCAAGUAGAGAUGCUCGGAGCUCCAGUCGAGAACAGGAGGCUGGUGUUCUUGCAAUGGAAGCAUUGCAUAGGCAAGUCCUACCAUUUUUGUUGAGAAGAAUGAAAGGAGAUGUGCUACAGGAUCUUCCACCGAAAAUUAUUCAAGACUACUACUGCACCCUCAGUCCUCUACAGGUUCAACUUUAUGAAGAUUUUGCCAAGUCACGUGCCAAAUGUGAUGUUGAAGAAACUGUUUCAGCAGUUUCUUUGACAGAAGAGACUGAAAAAACAAAGCUUAAAGCCACAGGACAUGUCUUCCAGGCACUGCAGUAUUUAAGGAAACUUUGCAACCAUCCAGCAUUAGUUUUAACUGUUAAUCAUCCAGAACAUAAGAGAAUCACAGAGAAGCUUGCAGCUGAGAGCUCUUCCCUUCGAGACAUCCAGCAUGCACCUAAACUCUCUGCUUUAAAACAGUUGCUGCUAGAUUGUGGCUUGGGAAAUGGUGGCUCUUCAGAAAAUGGCACAGAAACCAUAGUUGCCCAGCACAGGAUCCUUAUCUUCUGUCAGCUCAAGAGCAUGCUGGAUAUAGUAGAACAUGAUCUUCUGAAACCUCACUUGCCCUCCAUUACCUAUCUACGAUUGGAUGGCAGUAUACCAGCAGGUCAAAGACAUUCCAUCGUUUCACGGUUUAACAAUGACCCAUCCAUAGAUGUACUCUUGCUUACGACACAUGUUGGUGGAUUGGGUCUUAACUUAACUGGAGCUGACACAGUAGUGUUUGUUGAACAUGACUGGAAUCCAAUGAAAGACCUCCAAGCAAUGGACCGAGCACAUCGUAUUGGGCAGAAACGAGUUGUUAACGUUUAUCGCUUGAUAACAAGAGGAACCUUGGAAGAAAAAAUAAUGGGCCUGCAGAAGUUCAAAAUGAAUAUUGCAAAUACAGUUAUUAGCCAAGAAAAUACUAGUCUGCAAAGUAUGGGGACUGAUCAGCUUCUUGACCUCUUCACUCUCGACAAGGAUGGAAAAACUGAAAAAUCAGACGGUGCCACUUCUGCUUCUGGUAGAACAUCUAUGAAGUCAGUUCUUGAAAAUCUUGGAGAACUUUGGGAUCAAGAACAAUAUGACUCAGAAUACAGUCUGGAAAAAUUUAUGCAUUCUCUCAAAUAACAAAAUACAGUGUCUAGUUUCUGGCAAUUUCAGCUGAUAUUCAGCAAAUUUCAAAGCAUUUAGUGAACUUCUGACAUAACAUGUAAAUAUCCUUGUGGACAAAAAUAUGAGGAAAGUCUGGCGUUUUGAACUGAGCCACCUUCUUCAAUUUGGAAUUGUUAAGUCUUAAAUACUUGCUUUGUAAAAAAAAACACAACUGUAAAAUAAUUUAGAAUUUCCAGAAUAGCUAAAAACUCUUAUUUGAUUUAAAAAAAAGAAAAAGAAAAUAAAGGAGGGGAAAAGAUCUUAAUAGGUUUUGCACAUGUUGAUAAGUGUUACUUUGAGCUAACUCUGUCACUCUCCUUUUUCUUGAGUCUGCAGGAAUUUGUACAGGUUGUUUUGACUCCUUUGCCUUUUAAAUCUAGCUUGCUUUAAUGGUACACUUUAAGAAUGUUCAGUUUAACAAGUUAAAAUGAUGUUUAGUUCACUUCAUGAUGUAUGUUGACAUGAUAAUGGCAGAGCCUAUCAUCCAGGAACAAUAUUGGGGAAUUAAAUGAGACUUCCAAGUAUUAAAGUUCCCAUUUUUAUAUAUUUAAGUAUGUGGUGCUCUUCGGUCUUCUCAAAUUUGAGAGCAGUUAACUUUUUAAUAGGAAUUACAGAUAGUGGCUUACUUUAAGCCAUAUCAUCAUCCUUUUUAGAGGGUGCCAUUUUUUAAACAAGUGUGUGUGAUGUGUGUUUGUGUGUGUACAUGUGGGCAUGUGUGUGUUUGGCUAGAUCAUAACUCGGUUCAGAAAAAUAAAAUAUGCAGUAGGUUUCAAUCUUAUAUUUUUUUGUAACUGAAAGAGGAAAUGUAUAGACAGAGCUUUUCCAGCACCAAAUCUUUAAAAAUUAAGAAUCCAUGCUGGAAAGACUCUCUAAUGCACUAGUGCAUGAACCUCUUAAAUAGGAGAGGAGAGAUGCUUUAUUUAGGGAGCCAGAUAUAAACUUUCUUAAAAAACACCUACAUUGCAUCAGAAGGAAUUAAGUAUUUGAGCUGGAAUCGUGUAAUAAAAUGUUUAGGUGGCUAUAAAACAUGACAAGAAUAAGAAUAGUUGUACAUUAUUUUUUUUAAAAAAAGGUAUCUUCUAAAAGGGAGUCUUUAGUGACAUACGUCUGUGCAUGUCUGUACCAAACGUGUACACAGUUUUCUAAAUAUAUUAAAAUCCAACCUACAUAAGCUGUCUAAAUGCAUACAUAGAAUAUAAGUAUGUCAUAUCUAAAGUUUGGAGCUUGCGCUUCAGCAUCAGACCUUGAAUAGCCAUGAAACCACAACAAUGUAAUUGCUUUAAAGAGGAGAAAAUGUUGGCUUAUGGAGCAAGAUCAUUUUGCAGCACUCAGAUAUGAAUGAACAUGUGUCAUAUUUGAAUAGAUCUGUGAACUGCUAUACUGUACCAUUAAUUUAGCAUUCCAUGGGAAAAUAAAAUAAAAAGGCCAAACUGGCAUUAAUCAGC